CUGCAAUAUGAACUAAAAAAGAAGAAGAAAACCGAAUUCCUUUAACAAAAAAGACCACAAAAGUAUAGAAGUACAAAAUGGCAUUUGACAUAAAUAAAAAGUGUAGAAGACUAUUGUUUGUUUAUUUUUAUUUCUUGACAUGUGUCAGAUCAGAUCAUGAUGUACCAAAAAAAGUAAAACAAAAACAAAUGUUUACGUAAUGUAAAGCAAAAUCACCAGUGGCUGUAAUUUAAAAAUAUUUACAGCUAGCUCAUCUUUUAUAUAUUUUAGGACUGGAUCACGACCAUAAUCCAUAUAGACAUAAUAAUAUUUGUAAGCGCGUAAUAAGUAAUGUGCCAAAAAUAAAAAUAUAAAAACUUAAUUAUCUUGUGUGUACUUAAGUACGAACAUGCGUCUAAUAUUAUUAAUUAAUACGAUGUGCAUGUUUGUAAUUAUGAACUUAAAUUUCGAAUUCUGUGAACAAAGAACUAUGGUUAAAAAUGUUUAUUUGUGACCCAAGUUGAUAACAAACAGUAAAUGGCAAAUACAAUAAAACGAAGCCAUUCGCGAAGGAGGAUCGCAGCUCUUUCAUUUCUUUCCAAUAUAACUCUCGAUGGCAGCUACAGUGAUACAAAAUUUGCGAUCCCAUCAAAAAAUGGUAGCAUCAUUAAAGCCCCAUUUAUGUGUACUGAACCGGUACUUCCUGAAGAAUCUGAGAAUGUUGGCGAAACGUAUGUGGUAGAUUUUCAUGUAGAUAAUGUUAGAGAAAAAUUGAUACAGACUCCUAUUCUUGAGAGAAAAACAGUUAAGAAGUAUAGAGCUAGUAACAGUGAUUCAGAUACAGAGAGCAUUACACCAAGUAAAACACAUGUGGACGAAUGUUCAUUUAAAAGUAGGACUAAUAAAGAGAAAUUUGAUGGUACAGGUGAACCCAAAAUCAAUCCAAAGCUGCUAAAAAAAAUACCGCAUCAAAUUUCAAUAUGCAGUGAAUAUGCAGAAAAGAAAUACAACAGUAGCACAGAAAGUUUAGGAUCAGUCACGUUUAGAAAUAAACCUGUAGUAGAAGAGAAGAUUAAGAAGAAAAUUUCAAUUUUUAAACCCACAAAAGAUCACAAAUUUUCUGGCGAAAGGAUCGUUUUUGUUACUGACAAGCACUCUGCAUUUUUGGUUUGCUCCUUUAUACCAUACAAGAAAAGUUUUAGGCACGAUUUAAAAAGGGAAGGUCCGAGAAAACGUACUGCUUCUGGAAAUAGACCUAUAUCAACUUGUGAUGGUUUUGAUCCAUUUGAUUCUUUAGGGGUAGAAAGAGCUAUUGAUGGACAGGAAUAUUCUUACGGUUACUUAUUGGAACCCUCAAAAUACCAUAAAGACGUCUUAAAAAGAAACACAAUUGAUGAUCCAACUGAUAACGACCCCAUUAAAAAACCGGUACGCCAAAUUGUAUCAAGAUGCGCUUCUUACGAACCCCCAUCUCAACGACCGCUGUCGCAUUUACUUACACCGCCUAUUCAAGAAAUAAAGGAAGAAACUUUAAUAAAAGGCUACGCUUAUCAUCCAGACCUGCUCGACGAUCCGGAAUUGAUUGUUGGAAAACACAGAACCGUUUUAACUUUUACAUCGUAUGUUACUUCGGUUAUAGAUUACGUCAAACCGUCCGAUGUAAAGAGAGAGAUCAACGAAAAGUUUCGAGACAAGUUUCCGCACGUUGAUUUGACUUUGAGCAAGUUAAGAAGUUUGAAGAGGGAAAUGCGGAAAAUAGCCAAACAAGAAUGCAACAUCGACUUAUUAACAGUCGCCCAAGCUUACGUAUAUUUCGAAAAAUUGAUCCUAAGAGGUGUAAUUCACAAGCAAAAUAGAAAAUUAUGCGCCGGCGCCAGUUUAAUUCUGUCGGCAAAAUUGAACGACGUCAAAGGAGAUACAUUGAAAUUACUGAUGGAGAAAACCGAAACGAUGUUCAGAUUGAAUCGGAAGGAAAUGGUCGAUUCGGAAUUCGCCGUACUAGUCGCCUUAGAAUUUGGACUGCACAUUCCUACUUAUGAAGUCUAUCCACACUAUCAAAGAUUGUUGUACGAAUCGUAAUUAAAUAUGAUUUAUUAAUAGAUUUGGAUAAGGUAAUAGUAGGUCUAAUGUCUAAGGCAUUUUUAUGCUUUGUAUCACUUUUUAACCGACUUCAAAAAAGAAGGAGGUUGUCAAUUCGUCAAUUUUUUUAUACAUGAUCAGAUCAUUCUUUAUCACGUCUGAUUUCUGAUGAUGGGAUAACUUGUCAAUUGUAAUUUUAUUAUAGGGAAUGUUGUAAUUUAGUAAACUUGCCAAAU